AUGAACCAAGCUCAUCUUAAUCACCACAACAGAAUAUAUAGGCUGGGUUGUUGUAGCUCAAAGGAUAGGUUUGCUUUAUAUUGGAACAUAGAUAUCAUUGUUCCUAAGGUUCUUUUUUUGAAUUACAUGGCUGAAGUUACUUUACAAACUACGUACGAUGAAGAUCAACCAAAUGAAGUUGCUUACAAGAGAGGUGCAAAGUAUAAGCAAACUAAGGCACGGAAGGCAGAUUAUGACAACUCUAGAGACUCUAAAAAGUCUCGUAACGAUGAAACUCCGACAGUGGCUUUAGCUGAUGAUGGUUCCAAGGAGAUCAGGUUGCCAAAGAAAAAGGUUGCUGUGAUGGUUGGAUACUGUGGCACAGGCUAUCAUGGCAUGCAGUAUAACCCACCUAACCCAACAAUUGAAGCUGCAUUAUUUGAUGCUUUUGUGAAGGCCGGUGCGAUUUCGAAAGCUAAUUCCACUGAUUUGAAAAAAAAUGGAUUUAUGAGAGCUGCUAGGACGGAUAAAGGUGUUCAUGCAGGUGGGAAUGUGAUCUCUUUGAAAUUAAUUAUCGAAGAUUCAAGUAUUCGGGAGAAGAUCAAUGACAUUCUUCCUCCUAGUAUCAGGGUGUGGAGUAUCAACCGUGUCAACAAGGCCUUUGAUUCUCGUAAAUUAUGCAGUUCGAGAUGGUAUGAAUAUUUGUUACCAACUUAUUCUUUGAUUGGUCCGAAACCUGGCAGCUACCUAUACCAGGAAGUCGAGCAAAGUAAAGAAGAGCUUCCAAAUGUUUUAGACGACGAUGAAGAGUCUGUACAGUUCUGGAAGUCCUUUGAAAAGACAGUUAAGGCUACUUUUACAGAACAAGAACUACAAGAAAUAGUCGAAUAUACCCCUCCAAGCAGAGAAGCGUUUGACGAGAGCAAUGACUUGUAUCAAAAAGUAAAGCAAUACAAGAAAAUAGAGAAUUCCCACCGUAGAGCAUACCGUGUUUCAGAAAGUAAAUUGAACAAGUUUCGCUCCUCACUAGAACAAUAUUUGGGCCACCAUAACUUCCACAAUUUCACCCUAGGCAAGGACUUCAAGGAUCCUAGCGCAUGUCGGUUCAUAAAGGAAGUGACUGUGUCGGAGCCGUUUGUCAUUGGAGAUAUGAAGACAGAAUGGGUUUCUAUUAAAAUCCAUGGACAAUCUUUUAUGCUACAUCAAAUUCGUAAGAUGAUCUCUAUGGCCACUUUAAUAACCCGCUGCGGAUGCCCGAUAAGCCGUAUUUCUCAAGCAUAUGGUCCUCAGAAGAUUAAUAUUCCCAAGGCCCCCGCUUUAGGACUCCUGUUAGAGUUCCCCGUCUAUGAUGGCUACAAUAAAAGGUUAGAAGAGUUUGGCUAUGAACCCAUCAAUUUCAGUAAAUAUCAAAGAGAUAUUGAUAGUUUCAAGAUGGUGCACAUCUAUGACAAGAUCUACAAAGAAGAGGUGGAUGAGAAUGUGUUUAACGCAUUUUUCAGCUACAUAGACGCUUUCAGUCAAGUUACAGGUGCUCAAGGAGAUGAGACUAAAAUUGAUAAUCCCAUUAAAGUACAAAAGAGUAUAUUCGACUUUUUAACUGCAAGAGGGAUACCAACCAUUGAACAAAAUGCUGAGAAGGAAAAUCACGACGCGCCAAGUGUUACUACAGCCAUGCCUACAGAAAACAAUAAUACAGAAAGCGUUGCUGAGACCAAUAAUGAAACCGGUUCAUCUUAG